UUUGGAGGGACGUUUGCGCUUGCGAGCGUUUGAAGGAAAGCCAGUUCCUUUCAAAAUGAUGCGAUACGAUCAUGCUGGCGCCAUUUUUCAAAUGUAUUUCCACCACCCGAUCGCAUGUCGGAAAUAAGUGAAAUAAUCAUUGUUUGAGCAAGUAACAAGACGGGAGACAAAGGAGCGCGGGUGAAAAUGGACAUUUCAGCCAUUUCGCCGGGCACUACCUAGGGUUUAAAGUAGCCAAAAAAAGAAUUGUGACGCAUCAACAAGGUAUUUUUCGGUUAGGAUUUAGCUUGACUUGCGCGUCUACCUUCCCUGCCUGUACUGUGCACUCCCAGUCCAAAUACUCGGGCAACAACAUCAUUCCGCAAAAGAGAUCAUAUUCCUCCAGUCAAUUACACUGAAGUAGAGCGCAAUAAACAUGGACAGCUCGACGCCGUGCGAACUUCAAUUUCUUGUGACCAACUGUCGGGAUGAGCGAGCCAUGUUUCCCAUUAUUGCCAUUUCGUUUGCUUUCUAUAUCAUGCAGCUUGGUCUGCUAGGGUAUUUGAUAUGGGCACAUCUCAAGGAACUCUCGCCACCUUUUCGAGUCUUCGCCGUUGGAUGGACAACCCAUACCGUGUCGCGCCUCGUAUAUCUUCCCCUUUUGAUUUCUGGUACCCCCUUUGGAGCCCAUAUGAGCGAAAUGGCGGACUUAGGUUGUGUCACGGCGCUCUGCGUGAUAGUCGAAUACGUCUCGGCAGUUUCCAAAGCUUUACCUCUAUCGGAUUUUGUAAUGCCGAGACGGUGGCAGCUGGCAGUAGAGACAUUUCGCAAAGGAUGGGUUCGGGUGGUCCUUUUCCUGGUGCUGUUUACACCCAACACCGUUUUGGCGAUCAUUUCCGGAUUGACGGAUGAUCCGUACAAAUAUCAGGACAGAAUGGGUGGUGUAUUUUGGGCUCGGAUUACCAAGGCCAACUACCUUGUCAGCCUUACCAUAACCUUCGUCGUUACCGUGGUGAUAUCGUUAGCAACAUAUUCCAUCAUCAAGGAAGCGCAGAGUAAAUCGCACCAUGAUCCAGCACGUUUUGGGAAGCUGGCCACCUUGAUUUGGAUGGUCCUCUGGUUCUCUGCUGUCAGCGCCUUCCUAGUUUUCGCGUUCAUUGUUUUGAUUGCAAUUUACGCAUUUGUCGACUUCCGCAACAACCUCGCCGGAAUGGUCAUCAUGGGUAUCUUCUGGCACAUUUUCCUUCCACUAUUUUACAACUUUGCAUUUUUGGCGGCCAUUGCUUAUUACCAUUCCGAUCGUUUGCGUGAGCUUGUCUUCCGUGUCUCCGCCAAGGAUGGAACAGUCGCGAGCCGUACAGGCAAGACCAGCGGGAAGAAACACGGUGACACAGGUCGUAAUACUGGACCAACGGAGGGCACCAGCUUGGCAGGACCUACUGUAGAGUCAACAGCAGGUGUAUCGGCGAGCAAGCUUGUGUAUGUUCCGGGAACUGGAGUGUAUCUUCCAUCCAAAUCGCCAUUGGUGACAUAUGCGAAUCCUUGAAUGCAUUUAGUGCAUUUGAGUGCAUAGAUAUCCCGGGUAUAUUGUAUUAUAAUUGAAUAUUUCGGCCAUAAUGGUCUAUAAACUAUUCCGAUUGUCUG